ACACAGAGGAUAGAUGAACAACAUCGGAACCAAAAUAGCCGUGUAAAUGCCCGAGUGUCAUCAUCGGCGCCACAUUUCACAGUGAAUUGAAAGAUCGAGAUGGAUGUAAACGGAGUUUCUCAGUGUCGGGAGAACGGGAGCUCGGAGCCCAUCCCCCACGCUCAGGGGUCUGGAGGCAGUGGCUGUCAGCAGCAGCAGCAACAGCAGCAGCAGGAUGGGCAGCAAGAGGAGAGUGCAACAGCCAGUGACAGCCACAGUCAGGAAAAGCGGCAAGCAAAUGAUCAGGAAGACAAGAAGAGAGUAUCAACCACCAAGACUGCCGGUGCUCCAUCAUACAGCAGGUGGUCAAGCACUCAGCCACACCAGCCAGGCCCUGCAGUGAGAACAUACCAGAACAGUAAAGCGAGAGUCACCAUGAGCCCUGGUUUUACACCACAAUGGAACAACAACCAGUCUGCCUGGAACAGUUACACCUACCCUAGGGCUAAUGUUCACUAUCAAUCCCAUGCCAGUUACAGCUACUGCCCUGGGCAUCCUGCCAGUACGGAACUUAACUACUCAUCUUUUCCUAAGGGUGUCUAA